AUGGAGCAUGAUUAUUGCAGGUUUGUGGAGAAAUGUCAUACAUGUCAAGUGCACAGUGAUUUGAUGAGAGUGCCGCCUCACGAACUUAAUGCUAUGAGUUCACCUUCACCAUUUGUAUCUAAGGGAAUGGAUGUCAUCGGUCCAAUAGAGCCAGUCGCCUCUAACAGGCAAAGAUUUAUUUUGGUUGCCAUUGACUACUUUACCAAGUGGGUGGAAGCAGCUUCAUACAAGUUGGUAACCAAGAAAGUUAUAGCUAAUUUUGUUCGUAACAAUCUCAUAUGCAGAUUCGAAGUACCAGAACCCAUCAUUACUGAUAAUGUUUCAAAUAUCAACAGUCAUUUGAUUAGAGAUACAUGUGAGCAAUUUAAGAUCACUCACGGAACUUCAACCGCUUAUCGUCCCCAAAUGAAUGAAGAUGUAGAUGAUGCCAAUAAGAACAUCUAG